CAGGAUGUCCAUGUGAUGAUCUUUGUGGGCUUUGGCUUCCUCAUGACAUUCCUCAAGCGUUAUGGAUUCGGUGCCGUGGGUUUCAAUUUCCUUCUUGCUGCCUUUGGGAUCCAGUGGGCUCUCCUGAUGCAAGGCUGGUUCCACUCUUUCAAGAGCGGGAAGAUCCUCAUUGGAGUGGAGAACCUGAUUAAUGCUGAUUUCUGUGUGGGCUCUGUGUGCAUUGCCUUUGGGGCCAUCCUGGGCAAAACCAGCCCGAUACAGCUCCUCGUCAUGACUUUGUUUCAAGUCACGCUCUUCUCAGUGAAUGAGUACAUCCUCCUCAACCUGCUUCAUGUUAAGGAUGCAGGUGGCUCCAUGACCAUUCACACCUUCGGAGCCUACUUUGGCCUCACAGUGACACGCAUCCUCUACAGACCCAACCUGCAGCAGAGCAAGGACAAGCAGGGCUCUGUGUACCACUCCGACCUCUUCGCAAUGAUUGGUACCCUGUAUCUGUGGAUGUACUGGCCCAGUUUUAACUCAGCAAUUUCCGAGCACGGGGAUGCCCAGCACCGAGCUGCCAUUAACACCUACUGCUCGCUGGCUGCUUGUGUCCUCAGCACGAUGGCAUUCUCCAGCAUGCUGCAGAAGAAAGGCAAGCUUGACAUGGUCCACAUCCAGAACGCAACGCUGGCAGGUGGUGUGGCCGUGGGUACCAGCGCAGAGAUGAUGCUGACUCCAUACGGCUCCCUCAUUGUCGGGUUCAUCUCUGGCAUCGUGUCCACAGUGGGGUAUGUCUACCUCACGCCUUUUUUGGAAUCCAGGUUGCAUAUCCAGGAUACAUGUGGCAUUCACAACCUCCAUGCCAUGCCAGGCCUUAUUGGAGGCAUUGUGGGGGCCAUCACUGCAGCUGCAGCCACAGAGGAUGUAUAUGGAAAGGAAGGGUAA